AUGGCAAAUGACACUGUAACAUCGCCGAAUGGAGAGGAGAAACCGGGAGCCAUUGCGCCUGUCGAAACGAUAGAUCCCGAGACCGGACUCCCGGAGCUUGCCAAGUGCAAAGAUGGCUACAAGCGCUGUCCCAUAUGCAAGGUAGACAAGUUAAUGACAGAAGAAGAGAUCGAGAGGAAAAAGAAGGCAGGCAACCUCAAUGACGUCGACGUGCCAGACACAUUGUUGCAACUCACAAACGCAAACGCAAAGGCACCGAAUCCUCCUCUGAAGAGGCACAAGGAUUUCCAGCAUUGCUUACCUCCUACCGAACCAAAAUGGAACAACAAGUUCGCGCUCUUCACUGCUGGCAGUAUUGAGAUGGGUGCCGCUAUCCAGUGGCAAACGCUUUUGGUUAAGCACCUAGAGGAUCUUCCUAUCACAAUUUGCAACCCCCGCCGUGGUACAUGGGACCCUCAAAUCCAGCCGAAGAAAGGAGACCCCAACUUCUAUGAACAAGUCAACUGGGAGCUCAACAGUCUCGCAAAGGUGGAUGUGAUCGUUUUCUUUUUCGACUGCAAUACAUCAAGCCCCAUCACACUGCUCGAGCUCGGUCUCUGGGCCUCCUCCGGCAAAGUCAUUGUGUGCUGUGACCAGCGAUACUGGAAGCAGGGGAAUGUGGAAAUGGUAUGCGAGCGCUACAACAUUCCAUAUGUGUUCAGCUUCCAUCACCUCAUUCCUGCUCUGAAGAAGUUCAUGGCCCUCAAAGGAUUCGACAGUAGCAAGGGAAAAUGCGCCGAGUUUCCCAAGGAGGAGGCGCGUCCCAAGUCGACCAUCUGCGCAAAGAAAGAUAUGUGGUGGCUGGAAUUCCAAGAUACGAAGGAAGAGCAAGAGGCCAAGAAGACCAGGGGAGUAAAGGACGCGGAACAGGCGGCAAAGGACGACGCAAAGGCUCAGGAGGAGCGUUACAAAGCGAAUCCGGAUCAGAAGAAGGCUGAUGAUGAAAAGUUGGAAGAAAAGAGAAGAAAGAAUGUAGAGAAUGCUCUCAUGGAGGGUGGGGCAUAG